UUGUAUGCCGUCUAGAGAUAAUAAUGAUAAGCUGUACACCUAACUUCAAGAUAAAACAAUAAAUUCGGAAUGAAUAAAGUGUGUGCAAUUAUUCUGUGUACUCUAUCAGUAUUUUUUUUUCCAAACGAAGUGAAUGCCGAAUGUCCUCUAGGAUGGGUGCAUUAUGAUAUUUCCUGCUUCUUGUUCAGUACAAACGCUUUGAACUGGUACAACGCACACGGGUCAUGUAGAGCGCACAGUGCUAGAAUUGCUGAAGUUAACUCAGUUGACGUGAUGGCAUACUUACGUCAGAUGGCAAAAUCUUACGGCUAUGAUUAUUGGUUAGGAGGACGUGAUGAUGUGAUUGAAGGUUUCUGGCAAUGGUCAAGUACGGGAGAAAAUUUCACGGUAUCCGAUUGGGCCCCAGGGGAGCCAGAUGAUGCAUCUAACAGCCAAGAUUGUCUCCUUAUCUGGAAAUCAGCUGAUUAUCAGUGGGAUGAUCAACAGUGCACCACUAACUAUCGUUAUAUCUGUGAAUCGGAAUACCCUGGAGAAGCAGUGAUUGGAUGAACAUUUGUGAUACAUCUGUCAUCGAUAUAAUUAAAACGUUUAUAUAA